AGAUAUUGACUUUGUAGAAGGUAUCAUUCAACUACCUUUAAGUGUGCUAACUUUUACUGAAGAAGUAGAUUUUAUAAUUGAUACAUUUAUAAAAAUAGACGUUGCUGCUAAUCAUCCAACAGCUAAAUUUAUUCAUCCGUUACAGAAAGCUAUACAUUACGGUGUUUACUUGACGGUAUCAUAUCAAACCUGUGAUAAAUGUACUGGUAAAGACAUUAGUGAAGAUGAUAGUGACAAUCAUCAUCAUAAGGCACCUUUAUUAGAAAUCCCUCCCAUCAUUUAUGAAAAAAAUAUCAAAGUUGAUGAGUCAUUAAACAUUAUGCAUGAUGUUUAUAAAGUGCAUCCUGAUAUGCCACUAGUCAGUAUUGGUGCGACAGGUUUAGGUUUUUUGUCUACUGAAGACCAAAAAGUUGAUAUAAAAACUAAUUCGAAUAUCUAAACUGAAAACACAAUUUUCAACAAUGGAGACUAAUAAAGAGAACGAAGAAAAAGAACAGCCCAUUUCAUCAGAAACAACAACUUAUAGAACAAUGCUUAAAGAAAAUGCUAUGCUUGUUUCGGCAUUAUUUGAAGCAUAUCCUGAAUUAAAGAAUUUCGAACGUGAUGUCAAAGCAAUAGUUGAAACUUACUUGUUGACUUACGAAAAUCGUAAAAGUUUGCCAAAAAUAUUAGAAAUCCUCAAAGACAAAUCAAUCGAUCCACAGACAAAAGCAGAUUGGUUUAUCAAAAUGAAGAAAUUAAUUCUAACUCAAAAUAAUUUGAAUUGUUUAGAUGCUAUACCCAUUGGAAUCAUCCUGUCUAUCGACAUGCAUAGCCACGCAGCACAAGCUGCUUUAAAUGUCAAGCACACCAAAAUCAGACAGGAAGAAUUUAAUGCAGCUGGUAUCAGUACUCACGAAAAAAAUUCAGAUAUUGAAUUAAAACAUCCUAUGGUUCCUGAAAUAGAUGUAACUGUAUUGCAUCAAGGUGGUAAAUUUUGUUGGUUUCGUAUCAAGUUAUCAUGUGUUAUUGACGUAUCUCAAUUAAAUCUAGCAUAUUCUCCAGUACAUUACUAUUUUUAUACUGAUCGAAUUGUUGAGCUAUAUUAUUACCGAGAAGUUCGAAAUUAUAAAGAUUUUUAUUUGACAACAAUGGCUAACUUGAAUAGUUCUGAAUUUGUCAGUCAUAUUUAUUUCUUUUCUGAUUGUCGAUUGGUUGAGAAAUUGGAAUCGAAAGUGAAUCAGUUUUCUAACAUUUUGAAGUUUUUAUACUGUUAUAGAAUGAACUCAGCGAGUUUCUCAAUUACUAACGAAGAUGAUCAAGAGCAUGUUUUUAAACUAUUAAUUCGUACAACAGUAUUUUUGUACAGACGUAAUUUUAAUAUGGGCAGUGAAGAAUUAGAUACACCAUUUACAGCUCUUACAGGAGAAAGAGCACAUAUUAAUGUACGUCGGUUUCUUAGUGAAGAUACUGUGUAUUCAGUGAAUAAUGCUCGAGAUGGGUUGAUUUUGGGUACUGGUACUCAACUAGGGGGUAUUAAUCCUCAUGAGUUAGUAUUUUUACAUAAUGGUCAUGUAGAGUAAUUAUUUCAAAUGUUUUUUCAGUAAUAUUUUG